AUGGCAGACGAACUGGAUUACCUCCAGUCAGAUUUUGAUCUCAACUCUCUCACUGUUCCCCGUCUCCGCUCCAUCCUCCUGAUCCGCAUUCUGGAGGAUGAGGUCCUUCCGCAAGCAAAGAAGCUCCUGCGAGAUCGCGAACGUGUGAGAAGGACAAGCGCAGGGAUUACCGAUAUGAGUACCAGUCGAUCUACCUCCGUUGCCAGUGAUCGCGAUCAGGAAGACCGCGAUUCUCUGCACCCACCACCGACCCCCUCCACGACUGGAACCCGACGCGGGGGCUCGCGACGAAGCGCUCGCGCAUCGACUAUGGAGAAUGACGACGUCCAUGUCCCAGCUACACCUGCUACUGCUACGAAGCGAAAGAGCGCCGUUGCGCGAUCAGUUGGCAAACACCCACGAGCUUCGGAUACCGAAACUGGCGACGACAAAAUGGCGACUCCCGUUGUGGCUGUGAGUGGUUCGCCGCGCAAAUCUACGACGAGGAAGCUCCGGCGCAGCGAGGUACUUCCUUCCACGGAGGUCGACGCAUACACCCCAUCUGUCACAUCCGUCAAGACCGAGCCCCGAGAGGACACUGUAUUCACAGAUGAUAAUCCUUUCCAGAGUGGAAGCCCCUCCGAUAUGGGACGGAGCAGGACAUCUAGCCACGACGGAAAGCGAAAGAGUGGUGGGCGGUUGUCCACUGAGAGUCCUGCUCCUCGAAAGAGUGGUUUGCGAGCUCGGAAAUCGGCUACUCCGACGAACUUCAAACAGGAUGGUGGGAUUAAGGCGCCCACGAGAGAGUCGUUUGACUUUUAUUCACGACUGCAGCCUCCUCAGGAGGAGACCGAGGAGGAAGACGAGGCAGAAGAGGGUGAAGACGAGGAAGAGCAAUAUGACGACGACAGUGAAGUGGACGCUGGAGAAGAGUUCACUCCGGAAGAGCAGCUUGCUUUGGAAACUGAGCAAUAUGCGCCAAUUACGCAAGUUCGCAAACGCAAGCAGAAACAAGGCUUUACGAGCCUCAUUGCUUCUUGGCUCGUGAUUCUGGGGGUUCUCGGUAGCUUUGGUGCUUGGUGGCGCAAGGAGAAGAUCGAAAUAGGAUUUUGCGGUCUUGGAAAGCCCACAUGGUCUCUUGCCGAAACCAGGGUGCCUGAAUGGGCCAAUGUCCUUGAGCCUCGUUGUGAGCCGUGCCCGCCUCAUGCCUUCUGCUAUCCGGACUUUGAGGCUCGUUGCGAGCAUGAUUUCAUCCUCAAGCCACACCCUCUCUCCUUGGGCGGCCUCGUUCCGCUUCCUCCCACCUGCGAACCAGAUAGCGAAAAGGCGCGCCGCGUCAAAGCUGUUGCUGAUAAAGCCGUGGAAGAGCUUCGUGACCGACGUGCUAAGUACGAAUGUGGCGAGCUGAAGGAAGAUGGAACAGACGCUUCUCCUGAUAUCCCUGAGCCUAACCUGAAAGAAGAAGUCGCAAAAAAGCGCCGCAAGGGCCUCACCGACGCUGAAUUUGAUGACCUCUGGAAGGGAGCCAUUGGCGAGAUCAUUGAUAAAGAUGAAGUUGUGAGCAAGACAGAACAACCUUCCGCCAUCAUCAUCCUCACAUCAACAUCCGUUGCCCGACUCCCAUUCACAUGUGCCACCCGCCGCUACGUCCGACUCGCUCUCCUCGCGUAUCGACUCCCUCUUUCACUUUUAGCUCUGACUAUUGUGGGACUUGCUUAUGCUCGUGCUCGCGUCCGGGCUCGCCGCAAGGACAUUGCUCGUGUGCCCGACCUAGUAGCUACGUCUCUUGACCGGCUUGCAACGCAGGCCGCACUUUACGCACGCGGCGGUGCUAUGGAACCUUACAUUCCCAUCGGUCAAAUGCGCGAUGACGUUCUGCGCUCCGAGCUGCACGGUAAGCGGCGCGAGGAAUUGUGGCGUCGUGUUCAACGUGUUGUGGAGGGCAACGCUAAUGUUCGAGCUGCCGUUCGUGAAAGCCGCAGCGGUGAUGUCGCACGAUCUUGGGAGUGGAUUGGUGGUAUUGGAGGCGUUGGCGGCAAUGGCGAAUAUGAAGGCAUUGCCCGCCGUGGCAGCGCACGAUUCUCCUUGCCCUCUCCCUCCAGUGGUAACCUUGAUCCGGGUCAUCAUAUGGCCACUGAAAUCGACGAUCCUGCAAUUAGUCCCCCACAGGCCCGCCGUUGGGACGAGGGACGUCCGAUCUACUGA